UUCCGUUUCGACAUAUUUUGCCCGGAGUGGCAACGUUGCAUUUUGUUUUGCGAUGUUGCCAGAUAUAUUCCAUAAAAAAAGUAUCUACUCCAGUUUUCACUUCGUCGAAAGUUUAGACAAAUGUGAAUCCGUAACGGCUUUUUUUAUUGUACUCACUCGUAAAAUUUGGAUCCGAUAUAUGCCAUAAUUACAAUACUGAAGUUGAUCCAGUAUAAUAUAUAUUAGGACGAAACGGUUUACUUCUGAUCCGCGAUAGGGGUGGGCAGCGCGGGGCUGUGCGAGACAGUCAACAGCUUAUUCGUAUGAGAGCGUUCGGAGAAUACGUAUGUUUAUUUACGUUUUAAGUAAAGAUUUGUGUAUUGUGCUGUGUGCGUAACUUUGCUGCUAUGGAUACCGAGACUAAAGCUGUUUAUCCAGACAAUGGUUCAUCGUUAAUAAGGCACUAUUUAAUAGAAAAUUCGUAAAGAAGAUGCAGAGUCCGAGAGCAAGACUCAUCCCUGUCCGUAUUUACCCGCUUUAGACGAUGAAUUAACGGAUUCCGAAACUUCUAUUAUUGGGGAAAUUGAUACCAUAAAAUUGAGUAAAUAUGAUAAAAUUCGUUUCGAUGCAAUGAUAUGCCUCUCAGAACCAGUAUCUGAAGAUUCAGAAGAAGAGUUGGACGUUUUACGCCUCAAUCAUGAUUUGAAAAAACAUCCUGAUAAUAUCCCUUUUAUGGUACCUUCCACGAGUGCACAAUCGGAUGAGAUUUCAGAAACUGAUGACGAGGCUGUUACUACAAAAAAAUCUAGAUUAGAGAAGAUAAAUUCUUUGAAUCAUCAUUCAGUAGAUGAGAGGUCUAACGUGCUGCCUAACUGCGUAUAUGACUUCACCAGCCAAGAAAAAUGUAACGUAAACGUACCUUACAAGAAGAGGUUAAGAAAUAAUAAUACAGGGAAAGAUAUAUUCUACAACGAGAAAAGUGACGACGAUGGUGAUUUCUCUGCGACGGAUGAAUCGGAUUACGCGAGUGAUAAGGACGGUACAACAACUCGAAAAAUAAAAAGACUAAUUGGUAAAGGAGCUCUUAAAACAACUUUGAUACAUAGGGAGACAAGCCCUUCAAAAGACGCGCCGGCUCCUGUUCUUGUUCCAGAAACACCUGAAGCAUCAUUUGAUGAGGUUUCGGUUUCUACGGGCCUAUUUGUUGCAGAAUCACCGGAGACGUCUGACGAGGAGGUGGAAUUUUCAUCACUAUCUGCAAGUGCAAGUAAAAGAAAAUGGGACAGGCGCAACUGUUGCAUAUUUUGUGAACAAUUAGUUACAAACUUCACUAGACAUUUAUUUAGAAAUCAUUCAGAUGAAAUAGAUGUUCAAAAGCUUUUAUCUAUAACAGAUCCAGAUCCUAAAGUACAAAAAAUUAAAAGAAUAGCUGUGACCAACGAUUUAAGAAAUCGUGGCAACUACCUUCACAAUAAUAAUGUUGUCACUGAUAAUGAAGGAUGUAUAAUACCAAAUAGACGAAAAAAUUACAAAGAAUUACCUCAAAGCCCAUCAGGCUACGUUGUUUGUAAAAAAUGUCUAGGUACAUUUAAAAGAUCAACUUUUUAUAGACACAGCAAAAAAUGUAUGACUGAAGAUAAUAUGAAGAAAGAUAUGAACCGUGUCAUCACAAGUCACUCAUUCAGUAUCAUGCCAAAUUUCUUGAACAACAUCUCGACAGAAUUUAAAGAAAAUAUAUUACCAAAACUACGUAACGAUGAAUUAGCAUUAAUAGUGAAAAACGACCCUUUAAUUAUCGCAUAUGGUUGCCGACUACACAAAAAAAAAAAGGAAAGGAGAAGUAGAAAAUCCAUCUGUUCUAAAAUGCGGGACCUGGCAUCUCUUUUAAAAGUUGUGCGGGAAAAACACCCCGAAAUAGCUCAAUUACGAGAUAUGAUUGACCCUAAAUAUUACGAGUAUUUUAUAGAGGGGGUUAAAAUAUUAAGUGGUUUUGACGAAAAGACUGGCUACGUAAAUGUGGUCAGUAUGCCAGCAAGAAUUCGCCCUGAAAUAUUAGGCUGCAUUGAAAUAAUGUUUACAAAUACAAUCAUGGACCCUCACAAAUCUACAGCAUAUAAAGAUUUUAUUAAAAAUAAACUAUCUGAGUUCAAAGUGCUACUUGAAUCCAAUUGGCAAUGGGAGAUUUCGUCAAACGCGGAGAAAACGCGCAAACGUAAACUUAUGACUAAGUCUCAGGUUAUGCCACUAGAAAAGGAUAUCGAAAAAUUAACCAUGAAAAUACACGAAUUAGAAAUUAAAUAUUAUAACGAUUUAAAAAAGGAUAUUAGUAUCAUUAAUUACGAAAAUCUUUGUGAGGUCACAAUAGCGCAUAUCAUUUUGUUAGAUCGCAAACGAAGUGGUGACGUCGCUGAAGCGGAAUUGCAGUAUUACCUUAAUAGAAAAACAGAAGAAAUUCCACCUCAGGUUUUGGAAAUGCUAGACGAAGACCAAAAAAAAGCAAUAACUGAUUUGGAUAUAUUUCAAAUACCCGGAAAACGUGUACGGUCAGUACCAGUAUUGUUGACAAAAACGAUGAGUAAAAAUAUCGAUCUAAUUAUUUCAUGCAGAUCAAGCUGUAAUAUUUCACCCAACAAUGUGUACUUGUUUGCGCGUCCACUAACCGAAGAACCUUUUAAUGGAGGGCGAUGUCUUAAUAGAAUUAAAAGCAUGUGCAAUUUAAAAAAACCAGAAAUGGUGACCGCUACCGGCUUGCGACAUCACAUCGCUACAGUUUCUCAAGUUCAUGCGAAACAGAAUGACAAAUUCACCGAACAUCUGGCCACUUUCUUGGGACAUGAUAUGCAUGUUCAUGCCAGCAAUUAUAGACUGCCCCUGCAAGCCAUUCAAAAGGGCCUUGUGGGUAGCAAACUACUAGAAUUUGAAAAUCUCACAAACCUGAAGAUGACUGGCCAGAAUAAAAAGAUAAAUAGUAAUAAUGAGAAACAGACCAGAAAUGAAAAAGAUACUGAAAAGAUAAAUGAGAAUGAUGAAGAAGAAAAAAGGAGAAUAGAAGAAAAAGAAAAGAUAAAUCAGAAUGAUGAAGAACAGCAAAGGAGGGAAGAAGAAAAAGGAAAGAUAAAUGAGAGUGAUGAAGAACAGAGGAUAGAAAACAAAAAGAUAAAUGAAAAUAACGAAGAACAGGGAAGAUCAGAAGACGUGGUCUAGUUAUUAGAUUUAGAAAGCCCCAUUAAAAUCUCUAAAAAACAAAAAAGGGUGAAUCAGAUACAAUCUAAUGAUGAAUCCAGUGAUGCAAUAGAAAUAGAUGUAGGCGAUUUGAAACCAAGAAGAAAAAAGAUUAAUACGAAAUGGAGUAAAGAGGAAAUCGAUGCCGUAAUGCGCCAUCUGAGUAAAUACAUUAAAAUGAAAAGAAAUCCUGGAAAAGCAGUAUGUAGUGAGCUAUUGAAAAAAGAACCUGUGCUCUAUAAGAGAACAUGGAUGCAGAUUAAUUCAUAUAUAAAUAACAUUUAUAAAAAGAAAUUAUAAUUUUUUGUUUAUUAUUAAAAACUAUAAAUAAAACCUUAUAAAAAAUACCUAACCUAAAU